GUUUUAGAGGCAACACGGUGAACGGACUGUGGCUUUAGUCCAGAGAGAACUGCCUACCAUGCGCUAGGACACAGAGUUUGCGGAUUAUUUUACUUGAGUGCUUCUGGAUUAUAAAGAGGGAAACAGUGAAAAUGGGGAGGAAGAAAAUACAGAUCACAAGAAUAAUGGAUGAACGAAACAGACAGGUGACCUUUACGAAAAGGAAGUUUGGAUUAAUGAAGAAAGCCUACGAACUGAGCGUGCUCUGUGACUGUGAAAUAGCACUCAUCAUUUUUAACAGUUCUAACAAACUCUUUCAGUACGCCAGCACAGAUAUGGACAAAGUUCUUCUCAAAUACACGGAAUACAACGAGCCUCACGAGAGCAGAACCAACUCGGACAUUGUUGAGACGUUAAGAAAGAAAGGCCUCAAUGGGUGUGAGAGCCCCGAUGCCGACGAUUACUUUGAGCACAGUCCGCUGUCGGAGGACAGAUUCAGCAAACUAAAUGAAGAUAGUGAUUUUAUUUUCAAGCGAGGCCCUGCUCUGAACAAGAAGGAAAACAGAGGGUGCGACAGCCCAGACCCCGACACUUCCUAUGUGCUCACGCCACACACAGAAGAGAAAUAUAAAAAAAUUAAUGAGGAGUUUGAUAAUAUGAUGCGGAAUCAUAAAAUCGCACCUGGCUUGCCGCAACAGAACUUCUCAAUGUCCGUCACCGUUCCUGUGUCCAGCCCCAACACUCUCACCUACAGCAAUCCCGGGAGUUCCCUUGUUUCCCCAGCACUGGCUGCCAGCUCAACCUUGACGGACACCACCUUGCUGAGUCCCCCUCAGGCCACGUUGCAUCGAAAUGUCUCUCCUGGAGGACCUCAGAGGCCACCGAGCACAGGCAGCGCAAGUGGCAUGUUAUCCACGGCAGACCUCUCGGUGCCAAAUGGAGCUGGUUCUAGUCCAGUGGGAAAUGGUUUCGUCAACUCGCGAGCUUCGCCGAGCCUGCUUGGCAGCACCGGCAGCGGGAAUAAUCUAAACAAAGUGAUGCCCACGAAAUCUCCACCUCCCCCUGGUGGGGGCAACCUAAACAUGAACAAUCGGAAGCCAGAUCUCCGCGUCGUCAUCCCUCCAUCUAGCAAAGGCAUGAUGCCUCCUUUGUCGGAGGAGGAUGAAUUGGAGUUGGUGAGUCUGGGUUCCUACUUGAACACCCAACGGUUAAGCAGUUCACAGUCGACGCAGCCUCUCGCCACGCCGGUUGUGUCGGUGACGACGCCAAGCUUGCCCCCACAGGGACUGGUCUAUUCUGCCAUGCCAACGGCGUACAAUACUGAUUACUCCUUGACUAGUGCAGACCUGUCAGCCCUGCAGGGAUUUAACUCCCCAGGAAUGCUGUCAUUAGGACAAGUAUCUGCCUGGCAACAGCAUCAUCUAGGACAGGCAGCCCUCAGCUCUCUUGUGGCUGGAGGCCAGUUAUCUCAGGGUUCCAGUUUAUCCAUUAACACCAACCAAAACAUCAACAUCAAGUCCGAACCAAUUUCUCCUCCUAGAGACCGCAUGACCCCGUCCACGUUCCCGCAGCAGCCACAGCAGGCGCAGCAGCAACAGCAACAGGCGCGGCAGGAGAUGGGCCGCUCUCCCAUUGACAGUCUCAGUAGCUCCAGCAGUUCGUACGACGGCAGCGAUCGGGAGGACCCAAGGAGUGACUUCCAUUCCCCCGUUGGCCUGGGAAGACCCCCAAAUUCAGAAGACAGGGAGAGCCCGACAGUAAAGCGCAUGCGAAUGGACGCCUGGGUGACAUAAGCUGCCCUGUUCCCCUCUGUUUCUACCUUUGAGUUCUACGAACAGUCCUGACAUAUCUAAAUUAAUAAACAAGGACGGGAAAGGAAUAUUUAUAUGUAUAUACAUACAUGCAUAUAUAUCUUUGUAUACAUAUAUAUAUGUGUGAGUGUGUGUAGCAAGACACAAAAAUCAGCAGGCACUUAAUAACAAACUCCUUGUGUAGCUGCAGAUGCCCUGUGGUUCAACAAGAAAAAGAUAUAUAUAGAUAUAUAUAUACACACACACACAUAUAUAAAUAUAAGACAGAAGAAUCCUCAUAGGUAUUGGUCUAGUCUGGCUGUCACCGGGGACUCAUUCCUUGAGAAUAAUGUAACCUGUUUUGCAAAAGAAACGUCAUACCCCGUAUAUAAUCCUACCAAAUUAGAGGGCGGAACCGCGAAGGCUCGCCUGUCGUAGUUGUUCCUGUGUGUGUUUUCAAACGCCGUCUGGUUCCCUGUAGUCCGCUUUGUAGCAGCAGAGCAGUACGAAAAGAAAGCAAUACUGUACAUAGAACGACCUUUAUAUUACCCAAUCUAGCAUGGGUCUCUCUUGCAGAGAGUGCAUGGAGAAGGGCUGGCAUUAGUUUAAAAAAAA